AUACCAACAACUGAUGGCAGGGUAGGCUCGUCUGGUGACUUCAGUGAAGCACCACCACCUCCACCUGGCUUUCCAAAUACAAGUAGGGAAGCUGUUCGAGGUAGUGAGCGAACACCUGUAAUCUCAUCUCCUGCAGAAUCCGAUUUCCCGUGCUCUUCUGCAAAUGAAAGAGUAAAUAUUCAAAUCAUUGCCGACCCUACUAUUGAUCAUCAAACAAAUUUUCCAUCGUCUUCUAUACAUACAGGUCAGAGUCAAUUAAUACAGCCUGUAUUAGACCCAGCAAGUUCUUCUAUAUCUUCCGUGGAAACUGCUGUGCCUACUCAGCCAUUUUAUGUUCCAGCGGUUCCAGAUUUCAGUCAGGAAACGCUCUAUACGGCUGCUGAAUCUUCUCAACCGGUCGCUGGGGCCAGUUGUUCGCAUCCUGCUGAUCCAGAAAAUAAAGAGGAUCUUGUGGAUCCCGCUUUGCUGGCUGAAAUACUGCAGUUGGGAUUUGAAGAAGUAAUUGCUGUUUUAGCUAUAUCAAAAACAAAAGAAAUUGGUGGAGCUGAAGCGGCGAUAAAUUGGAUCUUAGAACACAGCAACGAAAGUGAUUUUGAAUCGGACGAAGAGCAGAAUUCAAUGGGCGGAGUCCAUUCUACAAGUGCCAUAAAUAGGCAGCAUAAAAUGGUGUUCGUUGUUAAUAUGAGCCUUAAAAUGGGGGCAGGGAAGUUGGCUGCGCAAGUCGGUCAUGCAACACUCGGUGUUUAUCGGCUUGCUCAAAGAAGCGAAGAUGGACAACAUGCAUUAGAUGCUUGGAGAAUAUCAGGAGAAAUGAAAGUAGUUGUUAAAGGUCAUAACACUGAAAUGCUUCUCGAUUUCUUUAAACAAGCGAAAGACUUGGGUUUAUUUACUUACAUUGUGUCCGACGCUGGGCGUACACAGAUUCCUACUGGCUCACGGACUGUUCUUGGCAUCUUUGGUCCAACCCACUUAGUUGAUUUAGUUACUGGCGAACUGAAACUUUUAUGA